GUCUCGCUCGCCCCUCUCUCUCUCUCUCUCUCUCUCUCUCUCUCUCGCUCGGUGCUGACAGACGGAGGGAUAGAAGAGGCGAGAGAGCGGGCGAGCGAGGGAGGAUAGAUAGAUAGACGAACGAGGAGAGAGAGAGAGAGAGAGAGGGGGGAGGGCGACAAAGAGAGAGAGAGAGAGAGAAAUCGAGCAUGAGUGUGUGAGAGUGUGUGGAAAUGUGUGUGUGUGAGUGUGUGUGAGUGUGUGUGUGUGUGUGUGUGUGUGUGUGUGUGUGUGUGUGUGGAUAUGGACUGCCUCUGCAUUGUCACCACCAAGAAGUAUCGUUACCAGGACGAUGAGACUCCGCCUGUCGACCCCAGCCCCGGUCACAUGACCCACGGACGCAGCACCGAGCUGAGCCACGCCCACCUGGACGGAUACACACACCCCGCCGCACUGACCAUGAAUGGAUCAGAAGGAGAACUGGAGUAUGAAGAGAUCACACUGGAGAGGGGUAACUCUGGUCUGGGCUUCAGUAUCGCAGGAGGAACCGAUAAUCCUCACAUCGGAGACGACCCGUCCAUCUUCAUCACCAAGAUCAUCCCUGGAGGAGCUGCUGCCCAAGAUGGACGCCUCAGGGUGAACGACAGCAUCGUAUUCGUUAACGACGUGGACGUGCGUGAGGUCACUCACUCCACCGCCGUGGAGGCGCUGAAGGAGGCGGGGCCUGUCGUCAGGCUGUACGUCCUCCGGCGACGCCCACCGAGCGAACGCAUCACACAGAUCAAACUGAUGAAAGGACCGAAAGGUCUCGGCUUCAGUAUAGCGGGCGGCGUCGGGAACCAGCACGUUCCUGGAGACAACAGCAUCUACGUCACCAAGAUCAUCGAGGGCGGGGCGGCCCACCGCGACGGACGGCUACAGAUCGGGGACAAAAUCCUGGCUGUGAACCACGUGUCUCUGGAGGACAUCCUGCACGAAGACGCCGUGUCAGCCCUAAAGAACACAGGGGAGGUGGUCUACCUGAAGGUGGCCACACCCACCUCGCAGUACAUCCACCCUGUGGAUCGGUACAGCCCCCCCGACCUGACCAGCUCCUACAUGGAGCCGGACUACAUGUGUGAUUACCCACAAGCCCUUCCUCCCCCGUCACCACGACGAUACUCACCCAUCCCCCGCGGCAUGAUGGGAGAGGACGACUACUCCCGGGAACCUCGCAGAGUCUGCGUUCAGCGCGGAUCCACCGGUCUGGGCUUCAACAUCGUCGGCGGAGAGGACGGAGAGGGGAUCUUCAUCUCCUUCAUCCUCGCAGGAGGACCAGCAGACCUGAGCGGAGAGCUCCGCAAGGGAGACCAGAUCCUCAGUGUGAACGGCGUGGACCUCAGGUAUGCGACACACGAACAGGCGGCAGCGGCUCUGAAGAACGCCGGACAGACCGUGACCAUCGUGGCCCAGUACAGACCUGAGGAGUACAGUCGCUUCGAGGCAAAGAUCCACGACCUGAGGGAGCAGAUGAUGAACUCCUCGUCCGGGAGUCUGAGAGCCAACCGCAGCUUCUACGUCAGGGCGCUGUUCGACUACGAUAAGCAGUGGGACUGCGGCGUCCUGUCGCAGGCUCUGGACUUUAACUUCGGGGAGGUUCUGCACGUGAUGGACAGCGGAGACGACGAGUGGUGGCAGGCGAGACGGGUCAACCAGCAGGGGGAGCUGGAGGAGCUCGGAUACAUCCCGUCCAAACACAGAGUGGAGAGGAAGGAGUGGUCCAGGAUGAAGAGUAAAGGUGAGUCCAGGAUGAAGAGUAAAGGUAGAGAAGGUUUCGUCCACAGCUACGAGCUCAUCACUCAGAUCGAAGUGGACUACGCUCGUCCCGUCAUCAUCCUGGGUCCGACCAAAGACCGGGUCAACGACGACCUGUUGUCCGAGUUCCCCGACAAGUUUGGCUCCUGCGUCCCUCAUACGACUCGCCCUCGCCGGGACUACGAGGUGGACGGGCGGGACUACCACUUCGUAUCGUCACGGGAACAGAUGGAGCGGGACAUCCAGUCGCAUCGCUUCAUCGAGGCGGGGCAGUACAACAACCACCUGUACGGGACGUCGGUGCAGAGCGUCAGACAGGUGGCCGAGCAGGGGAAGCACUGCAUCCUGGACGUGUCGGCCAACGCGGUGAGGAGGCUGCAGGCGGCUCAGCUCCACCCCAUCGCCAUCUUCAUCCGACCACGGUCCCUGGAGAACAUCCUGGACCUGAACAAGCGUCUGUCGGAGGACCAGGCGAGGAAAGCUCUGGACCGAGCCAUCAAACUGGAACAAGACUUCCUCGAGUGUUUUACAGCCAUCGUGCACGGCGACAGCUUCGAGGAGGUCUACCACCUGGUCAAAGCCGUCAUCGAGGAGCAGAGUGGCCCCUACAUCUGGGUCCCCGCCCGCGACAGACUCUGAUUGGACACUGCGAGCCGCGGGCGCCUUCUCCAUGGAAACCACCCCCCCACCCCCCGCCCCGGGCGGUGUGACCUGACGGGAGCAGACGUCGGUCUUUUUACCGUUUUUUGUUUUCUUUCUAUGGGAGGAUGACGAGCGAGCUCUGUGAUUGGACGGCUGCUGUUUCCGCGGCACCUGAGAGAGAUGUGUUUUUAAAAUGAGGGCGUAGCUGUCUGUCUCUCCACCUGUCUGUGUGUCAGAGGGAAAGACAGGUGAUUGAUUAUUGAUUGAAUAGGUGUUGGUUCAAUAAUCCUGUAUCAUCAGUAAAUAAUGAAUCAGAGACUGUAGAGUUCAGUUGGUAUCAAAGUAUUUAUAUUAUCCUAUUUAUUUAUUUAUCUAUUUAUUUAUUUAUUUAUUUAUGUGAUGUGAAAAUGGUGAGUGUGUGUGUGUGUGUGUGCGUUUGUGUGUAGUGUACAUAAAGGCUUGUGUGACUGUAAAUAAAACAUGGGGCUCAAACACACAGUCUAUUCAGGGCUUAAACUAACAACCACUGGACUACAACACCCACAAUCCUCUUCACUCUGGACUACAACACCCACAGUCCUCUUCACUCUGGACUACAACACCCACAGUCCUCUUCACUCUGGACUACAACAUCCAGAACCCUCCCUCUGCUGGACUACAGCGACUGAAACUCCCCCUCAUGUGGACUCUUCAUUCAGACUACAGCAGUCCUGCUCUGCCUGGACUACAACUCUUUAAUCAUCUGGACUACAACACCUACAACCCCCCUCUGUUACAGUGGACAGGUGGGACAGUUUCCUGUCUCUGGUUGCUUGGCAACAAAACUGAAACUGAAACACUUCCAUUUUUAAUCAAACGGCUGUGGACUACGUUACCCACAGUUCUCAGCUGUGGGUCUCUGGACUACAGUACCCAUGAUUCUCUGCUGCUGAACAGGACCUGAGGCAGCGGGGUGGGGGGGCUCCCGUGGGACUCUUUUACCCACAGUGCUUUGGGAGAGUCCUCCUGCCGUCACCGUGGCAACGGUGGAUCAACAGUGGAUCAACCUGCUCUCAGACUGGAUUCAGACUGAAGAUCAGGGUCAUGUGAAUAAUUAUAAUAAUUAUUAUACUGAAAAUAAUCAGAAGUAUUGAUGAUGUCACAUCAUCAAUACACACACACACACACACACACACACACAGCAGGGUCACCUGAGGUCGUCUUUUCUUUCUGAGCACUGACAGAAACACUCUUUAGAAACCUGCAGUAUAUCUGAGUAUUUAUUGUUACAUACACACACACACACACACACACAGGUACAGAGGAGGAUGUUGGGUCGAUGACUGGCUCGUUGUAUAAUGAAAUAAAUUAGUUCUAAAUAAAAUCCAACUAUUGAAAUAAAUUCCUUAUAAAAGCUGAA